UUACAAUUGAUAUCCUCAUGACUGUAUGCGUAAAGCUCUGACCUUUAAACUCAGGUUUAUUGUGUUUUAUUACAUCACAGGCAGAAGAUCAAGAGUUCAACAUCACCAUGCGGACAACGAAGAAACUCUCAGGAACUUUUCACCGUGGGGGUUCACACCUUCAGCUCUGCAGCCUGUGAUUUCACCUUUUUUUGAGCGACUUUAAUCAGCUGACCUGUAUGCAUGAUGCAAAACUGUGACGUCGAAGUUUUGUGAAGCCGCUGGGGAAAGUUUUUCACCGACCUCCUUCCUCUUGUCUGUCGGGGUCUCCUCACCUGGUUUGCAGCCACUCCCAGCCGGCGCAGAGCCUCUCGCGGCUCUGAGGAUGGGGACACCUGGAGCUCUGCCUGUUUGGAAAGCCACGAUUUUCCUCUUUAACUUCAUCUCAGCUGCUGUGGCCAAAAGACACGUCGUGUAUUGGAAUUCUACAAACACAAGGUUAACAGCAGGAGAUCUGUCCAUCCAGGUGAAUCUGAAUGACUACCUGGACAUUUACUGCCCGCACUACCCCGAUAAGGGGAGCCAGGGCCCCGGGCAGCCGGAGACGCUGGCCCUCUACCUGGUGGGAGAGACAUCUUUCCAGGGCUGUGUGGAGACCAGAGGGGCCAUAAAGAGGUGGGAGUGUAACACCCCCUACGCUCCGUUUGGACCAGUGCGAUUUUCUGAGAAGAUCCAGAGGUUCACUCCCUUCUCGCUGGGGUUUGAGUUUCUGCCAGGGCGCCACUAUUACUACAGCUCUCUACCCGCAGAUGAAGGCCCUCCUCUGCCAUGUAUGAAGUUGCGUGUCACCGUGUGCUGCGAGCCCACAUCAGAGGGUUCAAAACAAAUACAAGAAACUGUACGUGGAAGUAGCGCCUGCUCACUGAGGACAGCUUCACCUCCACUCCUCCUCACACUCAUCCUCCUCCUGCUGACUACCUGACCUCCUCCUCGUCCGUCCUCACCGCCGACCUCGCACCCGUUCUCCACCGAGACUGGGAGUUAUUUACUCGGACGUUCAAGUACACAAUCUACGCUCAGACAGUGAAUGACACGAUGCAAUCUAUGCCAAGCUACUGCAAAAUGACACGUAAUACCUUGUGGCUGGUUUACCUGCGAAAUUCCAGAAAGAACCGGCUCGUCUUCUCAAAAACGGGGCCACAGUGACUCAGGGACCGACACGCCGAAUCACACUGAUUCAUAUCUUGUUGUUUUCCUUCUCCCACCAGCUGUGUACGUAGCAGCACAGAGUAUUGCACAGGCCUCGUCGCAGGACUCAUGUCCCACUCUGAUGCCAGGAGAACAAUGAGUCUGUCAGGAAUCGUUCCAAAAAAGUUUCCUCACUUUUUCAUCUGUUUCCUCGUCCUGUUUCUCAUUUUCUGCUCAUUGUGUCGCUUUUAUUUCUUUUUGAGAACCUGCCUCCUUUGCAAAAGUGGCCAAAUAAACAUACUACUGUACUGAGUGGCUCAGGGUGGAGGUCAGUCAGUUAGACGGUGACUGUUUUUUUUAUUCUUUACAUGUUUAGACAUAAAGAAAUGACACAUUUUUUUACUGUCACAUUUGCAUCUGAUUAAGACAAACUUGUGAAACAUUUUUAAUUAAUUAGAUUCUGGAUAUAAAGGUGUUUUUAAGAGGAAAUGUUGGAAUAUUCUGGAAUAGUCAAACAGGGUUGCUGCGCCCCCUACUGGGAUCAAACUGGUUUAACUGGAGUUGGACUGGGUUGGCCAGAAACUCAGAAACUGGACACUAGAUUGUGGUGCUGUGAGGUAAUAAUGGGACCUGGGACAGAGUUUGUCCUCUCUGAUUGGACCCCCUGUUGUUCAGCUCUCUCUGCUUCAAAAUACAGCACAGGACAGAGGGGUUUAUGGGUAAACGGAGAGCAUCAGCGCGCCUCGCUCCACUGAACGGACCACUGAGGAGGCUGUUUGGUUGAUGCUUCCAGUGACCAACCAGGUGUGCAGAUAUGCACAUAAGCUUUUUGUUCCUUUUGUUGUUGUUGUUGUUUUUCCUUUUUUCUAGCCAUGAUUUUCAGUUUUACUGUGUGGUUAAUAUAUUCUGCAAAACGAAACGUAUUAAUGACACUGUUCAAUUUUUAGCUACACAGUUCCGUUUUUAAUUUUUAAUUACAAAUGAUCUUUGAUAUUUGAGUCCAAAAGUCUGAUAAAAGACAUAUUUUUUUGCAUACACAAACAGUGAUUUAUGUUCUGGAUAUAUAUGUAUGUACUGGUAUUUUUUAAUAUGCUCUGCUACAAUGUAGUUUCACAAGUUAAACGAUGUGGGUUUUUUUGCCAAACUUUUUCUUUUUCUAAGUAAUCACUAAUUGACCAUCAUAAAUUAAGAAAAAAUGUCAUCAUAAUGAAUCAAAAAUCCAUUUAUUCUUAAAUUCAAAUAACAGAUAAUGUAGAUGUGAAUUUUAAUUCAAUGAAGUUUAUAUAUUUAUAAAAUUACGUAAUGAUUUCCCCACAAUAUUUAAACUCAGAAAAUGCUAAUUGUUUUAUUUAUUAAACAUUUUUCUCUGAAAAAAAAAGCAAAAACUACAUUGUUAGCACUUAAUAUAUUUGUCCUCGUGCUGUAAAACACACCAGUCAUGCCAAUUUUUUAUGUUCA